AUGGCACCCACAACAACCAGGGAUGCUGUAGCAGCACCCAAGAUUGAAAUUGCCUUGACAAUCAUCUUGGGUAAGGACUACUUUCUACAAGUGGGAGAAUCUGGAGAAGGUGACGACAGUGAACUCAAAGAGUUCAUGUUGGGAACAAGACAGAAAGCCUUUGAUUGGAUAGUCAACCAGGAUCCAAUGCAAUUAACGUAUGAUGCUCCCAAAUUGGUUCAGCUUUUUCUGCUGGUGCUCUUCUACUAUCAGACAACAAGGCACAAGCCAUGGAGAGAGUGCAACCCAACAGCAACUGGCCAGUUCAUCACUGUACAUGUGGAUUGCGUUCUUGAUUCUCACACAUCGGAAACAUACUCUUCAGCUUGGAAUGGGCUCAAUGGCCAUCUACCAUGGGAGAUUGCACAUUUAUCACACGUGACCCGGCUCGUCUUAGAGAACAAUGUACAGACUGGAGCACUGCCACAAUCACUCUUUUCCAACCAAGCAGUCCCUGUCUUGGAGAUGCUUGGGUUGAGAACUUCAAAACUUUCCAGCCUUCGAAUCUCCUCAAACAGAUUGACUGGGACGAUUCCCUCUGAAUUGGGGUUACUUCCGUUGAAGGAACUAUAUCUCGGAAAUACUGCUCUGACAGGAUCCCUUCUUCCAAUGGAGAUAUUUCAGAGAGCUUCUCGGGUGGUUUAUUAUGAGCCUGGUGAUAGUAGUGUUGUGAGUUGCUGUGUUAGAAUUUGUUCAAAUGUCUUCCAAAGAAGAGUCAACACUCAUGUAUACGUCUCCUGUUUUGCUGUUGUUUCUUGUUGCCAAAAGCUGGGUGCAAUCCAACCUGGUGAAUCUGGACUUGAUAGAGCUCUGGAAUAUCUUGAUUUGAGUCAUACUGGCAUUUCAGGAUCCCUGCCCUCUGAGAUUGGUCUGGCAUAUCCGUUGGCAGAGCUCCGUGUAUCUGACACUACACUGGAAACGAAAAACUCUGCCAAACAAUGA